CAUAUGCGCAUGCUUGCACACUCCAAAAGUUACGACUUUCUCACAAGAAGUAUGUGUUUGCAAUGUUAAAAUUGGUGCUCUAGCGCGAGCCGGCAAGAUUGAAGCUGCCCGCCAACUGUUCGAUAAAAUGCCAACGAAGGACGUUUGUCACAUGGAUGCUAUCGACACUGCCUACUGGCAAAACGGGUUUAUCCAAGAAUACAAGAGACCCUUUUUGAAUUGAUGCCCGUGAAGAAUGUCGUGUCAUGGAAUUCCAUGAUUACUGGAUGUGUAGAGAAUGGAUGGUCGAUGAGGCAUUCGUCUUCUUCCGGGUAAUGCCUAAGAGAAAUAUUGCCUCUUGGAAUGAUAUCUGGUUUUGUCAGAUAUGAGAGGCUAUUCGCCUUUUUUAAGAGAUGCCUGGGAGGAAUGUGAUUUCUUUUACGGCUAUGAUUGAUGGAUAUACGAAGAUAGGGGAGGUUGAGAGGGCUAGGCAGUUCUUUGAUUGCGUGCUACGAUGUUUCACGGCUUGGGAUGAUCAGCGGGUACGAGGAGAAUGGGAGGUUUGACGAGGCAAUUGUAUGAGCAGAUUCCAGAUAAGAAUGUGGUUGCCGUGAUCACAGGGUGUGCUGCAAAGAGGGGAGGAUCAAUGAUGCUAGAGCUUUGUUUGAAGGAAUUCAGUGUAAUGACUAUGUUUCAUGGGGUGCAAUGGUAACAGGUCAUGCGCAAAAUGGUUUUUGGAAGGAAGCACUGAAAUUAUAUCGUCAAAAAUGAUUCAGAUGGGUAUGCAACUGGAUCACUCAACUGUUGUAUCAGUUUUUCACUACAUGUUUCAGACUUCCUUCGCUUAAAGAAGGAAGGCAAAUUCCUUUGCUUUUUAUAAAAAUGGGUUUGAAUCAAAUGUGUCUAUAUGCAAUGCUUUGGUUACAAUGUACAGAGGUGUGGAAGUAUCAUGGAUUCUGAGUCAGUUUUUAGGCAUAUCGACAAACCAAACCUUGUUUCUUGGAAUACAAUUGCUGCUUUUGCACAGAAUGGCAUUUAUGAGAAAGCUCUUGAUUUCUUCAACCAGAUGAGAAUUGAUGGUAUUGAGCCUGAUGGUACAACUUUUAUGACUUUACUAGUUUUUCUGAAGUUCAUGUAGAUUUAAUGAAAAUUUGAACGGAUGGAAAGCAAUCAUUUAGAAGGAAAGAGAAUAGCAGGAGGUCAUUCAGCUCGGCUAUUUGGUUUCAUUCUCCUCUAAGUGAAGUGUUUGGCAAAGAAUUUUCGAUACAAUUUUGAGGAUUAUGGUCCAGGUGUAUUCACUAGGCCAACUUGGGAACUCAGUCGAAGAUUUAUGAUCAACAAAGACAGUCUUGGAAGACCAGGUCGUUAGAUUGGUUCCUUCAACAAUCCAAAAACCGCCAAGUCACAAGGAGACAAAGACCAAACCCUUGCCUCUCUCCCAAACCCACAUUUGCCAUUACAUUAAAAGAUUCUCAGAUUCAGACAGACUCGAGCUGUAUGUUGUCAUUGGUGGAACACCCAAGAGUUUCGGAUGUCCGUACCAUUGCUUAUUACCAGUCUUUCUCUCCCUCAAACUUCUCAAAGAUAGAGAGAAAACUUCUCAAAGAUUCAUGCUAUCUUGGGUCUGUUGGACUGGGGUUUACCAAAUAUAGAAGAUUCAAAAGGACAAAAGAGCAGUCAUGCCUAAUUCAACAAUCUUACCUUCUAAACCAAGAUCUGGGUCUCUGAAGUUAUCGCCAAAGAAGAAUCCACCAUUGUUUGUAGCCAAGACAAUCCCUGCACCUAUCUGUUGCAAAAGGAACAAUCUUAUAUCAGAAAUCCAUCCGAAUUCACGCAACUCUCCCCGUCAAAAGCCCUCAAGGAUUACAAAUCUAUCCGAGAAUCCGAUUGCAAGAGCUUCGGAGAUGCAGCAGCAUAUGGGGCAGAUUGAUGAGGAGCUGAUGAAAAUGAAGGAGAGACUAGGUGGAGCAGAGGAAGAAAGAGAUCGAGCACUUGACCAACUUGCAGAGAUAAAGAAGGAGGUUGCAGAGGCCAAUUCUCUUAAGGAAUCGUUAUCAAAGGCCGCUCACGAAUUGAAGGAGAAAGAGAAGGAUAUUGAGUCAUUGAAGCUUGAACUUAAAAAGGCAAAACAGUUGGAUCUUCAAUUGUCUGAGAAAGAUGCAUUAUUGGAGAAGUUGAAAGAGGAAUUGAGUAAUUUUAAAGCCUCCAAGGCUUGCCAAUCUGAUUCAUCGCAUGGGAGCGAUAAACGUAUUCAAGAACUUGAGGCAGAUGUUGACAAAUUGAAGAGCUCUGAAACAAAAUUGUUAGAUUCAUUUGCUGCCCAGACAAAACAGCUGGAGCAGAAUAAGAUUUCCCUUGAAGAAUCAAAGCUAGAGAUUGCUUUGCUCCAAGAGAAGGCGGAAAAAUCAGAGGGUUCAUCAGGGCAGAAGUCCAAUGAUCUUCAUCCUUCAAUGGAGGAUCUUCAACCUUCAAUGAAGGAAGCAUUAGAGAGUUUCAAGUCCGAGCUUCAAUCGACAAAACAGAUUUUGGCUCAAGCCAAAGAGGGCGAGAAAGUCGCGUUGUCGAAAGCUAUGAGCUUACUAAAGGAGAUGGACAUGCUUAAACACGAAUUGAAGAUGGCGACUGAAGCUGAGGAGAACAGCAAGAAGGCAAUGGAUGACUUAGCUAUGGCAUUGAAGGAAGUCGCAACCGAAGCCAAGCAGGUAAAUGAGCAACUCACCUCAACCCAAGAAGAGCUAGAGAGUAUAAAAAGAGAGGCUGAGAAUCUGAAAUCAAAAUUAAAGAGCGCUGAAGAUGAAUACAAGACCCGCUUAGAUGAAGUAAGGAAAGAUGCUGAUCGAUUUAGAAACACGUCUGAGAGGCUAAGACUUGAAGCCGAGGAGACUCUUCUGACAUGGAAUGAGAAAGAAACUGGCUUUGUUAAUUGCAUAAAGAGAGUUGAAGAGGAAAAAGCUUCUUUAAUAGAAGAGAACAACACGCUCCUUCAAGCGCUUACUGGGGCAGAAAACCAGACCCGGAAAGCAAAGGACGAGAACAACAAGCUGCGAGACAUACUUAAGCAGGCCUUGAAUGAGUCUAAUGUGGCAAAAGAAGCUGCAGCUAUUGCAAGGGCAGAGAACUCUCAACUUAAAGAUGUCUUAGCUGAAAAAGAUGAUGCCUUGGAUUAUAUUACUAGAGAGAAUGAAAAUCUCAGAAUCAAUGAAGCUUCUGCGCUUGAAAACAUCAAAGAUUUGAAGCGCUUGCUCGCUGAAUCAUCAUCGCCGAAAGCCUCAAAACCUGAUGAGAAAGAUAAAGAGCAAGGAAGUAGAGGAAAGCAACACAACUCCACGGAUAAGGAACAGAAAGACAAUAAGGAACACAAGGACAAUAAGGAUCAAAAGGACUACAAGGAACAGAAAGAUGGCAAGAAUAAGAUAGGGAAAACGUUUAGUUUCAAUCUGAAGGAUCUAAAAAUACCAAACAAGCACAAAGAGGAGCCAAAAGAUGAUGAACACCACAAGACUCAGAACAAACAGAAGGUGGAGGAACCGAAAGAUGAAGGUGAUGACGAGGAGACUCAAGAAACCGAUGACAUAAUGAAGGGUUCCAUUUUUGAUGUGGCAGAGACUCCGGUUUUGAAGACUGAGCACCAUCGUAAGAAGUCUUCUUCGACGUUCACAUUCACCGUAGAUGGAGAGACAAUAUCUUCUGAGGAUCUAGAGCAUCUUGAGGCUGCUCCUUGUGAUGAUGAGAACGAUAGAAGCUCAAGAAAGAAGAGGGCAUUGCUACGAAGAUUCGGAGAUAUCCUAAGGAGAAGAAGCUUUCACUGAGAAAAUCUUCAUUCAUUAAAACUUUCUUUCUGGUACAUUUUUUUAACACAAAUUUGAUUGUAUGAUUAGCUCACCUUGUGUACUUAUCAAAUGAAAUCCAUUACAUCUUGAAUUAGUUGCCAUGCUUAGUUUAACAAUGAAUUUUGAUUAUCUAGC